AUGCCAACGGUUAUAGAACAAGUGGAUAGAGCCGUAAGUGGAGCUCUGUCUAGCCAUGGAAGUGGAGUUGAGAGGGAGCAGUCUGCAACAACUGAUGAAGCUCUCAUGAUUGAACAGAUGCAGCUCACGGAGCCCAUGAAGAGUCAGCAUGCUCCAAACCACCUACUGGAAACAAAAACAUUUGCAACUGUAGGCUGCAACCUUGUUGUGCAUGCCAAACCAAAAGUUGUUUACUUUGAGGGAUUUCAAGUUGGUGAGAAGCAGGUGAAGAACUUGAGACUGCAGAAUGCAUCCUCUGAAGUGCUUAGGAUUCACAUUAUUCCACCUCAGACUCGUCACUUUGGUCUGAAGUAUACAAAACCGGCCCGAAUGAUCCCAGGCAUGGCGGUGGAGUGCCAAGUGGAGUUCACUCCGGAUGAAUGGCGUUACUAUUAUGAUUGUAUUCGCAUUCAUUGCCCUGGUGAAGACAACCUAAUUGUCCCUAUCCAUGGGUAUCCAGUCAUGAGUACCAAAGAUUUCCCCAAAAAUUACACAUUCCAGCCAGUUGCAGUUGGUUACAGUGUGUCAAAAACAUUUCCACUGAAAAGUAUGGCACCUGUUGACUUUGAAUUCCGCUUUGAAUACAUCAAGUCCCAUCCUGCAUUCUCACUAGAACCAAUGUCUGGCAUAGUGUCAGCAAACAGUCUAGUGGAGGUGACUGUUACUUUUGCACCCAGUGAGUUUCAAACAGCAUCCAUGACAGUGCAACUGUCAAUCUCUCAGUUUAACUCAAAAGGGAUUGUCUGCACUUUCACAGGCACAUCAAAGCCUGGCUUAUUAAAGGAGGAUACUUUACUCGCUGUGGAUUCAGACGUGCUGGAUCCAAAGUGUGUGUCUCCCCUGGACAGAGCAAGAAGAAACAAACAGCAAACAAAGACUGUCAGGAUUAUACAGAAAAGGAAAUCAGUGUCUAGCUCUGGACAAAUGGUCACACUGGAGAGAGAUGGGAUACGUUUGCCUUCCAAGCUGGACAACCCUCAUGCUGUAAGCAGAAUCCUUCUACAUGAGCCAGGGAAGAUGAGAGCAACUGAGAUGAGACAGAAUAUGUUGAGUGGAGACCUGAUGAGCAGUGAAACAACACAACAAGUCAAGGAGGCUAUGUUUGAAGAAGCAGUGAGGCAAAAUGUGUAUGAGGAGCGACAGAAUCAGUUACGCUGGCAGGUGAAGAUUGGAGAUGAGCCAAUGUCAGCGCAGGAGAGGUACACUAUACUAGAGGCUAGAAAUGAAGCCUUCAACCGGUACAAGCUCAGAAGAGGAGAUCCAGUCCCAGAGGAUGAACUCACACGUCAGCAGACAAUCAGCGUUUACUCUAAAACUAUGAGAGAUGCAGAUCUGCUGGCACCAGCAGACGCCAUGUUUGACCUAUAUGCUAAUGAUGUCUGGAACACAAGACAAGCUGCUCUUGACAGAUUUGUUCAAGCAGCCAGAACAGUGAUUGUUCGUAACCGUGUUAGUAAAAGAUUGCCUGGCUUAAGGAAACUCACUGCAGAUUUGAAUGCUAGAAAACAUACAGGAACCUCUGAGGAUGGCAGUGAGGAGACACCUGAGGACAGCGAGUCAGUGAAUCUAGGCACACGUCUGUCAAUGUUUACUGCGGACAAAGUCCAGAAGUCCAUGUUUCCUGUCUAUGUCAGCCCCAGUAUUAAAGAUGAUAUGGCUCCGGAUGCGUUGGGUACCGUUCCAGUCAUCCCAACUGAGGUUGUCAUUAAGAGGGAUGUACCUUUUCUGAAUCUGAAAGUUCCCCAGUAUUACAAGCUUCAGUGCUAUCAAAAGCACAGCAUACAUGUGUCUUUCCUUGAUGAUAUGCCACUGAAAAAGGUUCCAUCUCUGCGUACAGGAGCAGAGGAUGAGAUCAUCAAGGUUUCAGAUGAUGGUGACUUCUGCAAAUGUCCUGAGCCAGAUGAAGCAGCAGUACUUCCUGCUACCUCUGCAGCCUUGUCCCUGAAACCCCCAAGUGCCUUCUUCAAGCCUAUUGAGUACCCAAGCUUACAAAUAAUGAAUCCAGCACCAGGUCUUCAGACAUUUCUGCCUCUGUUGCCAUAUUCAGAAGUUGAUGCUGACUACCAUCUGUGCCCUCUGCCCAGACAAUAUACUCUGGAUCAGACUUUCAACAAACCUGCACCUACACAGAAGAAAUUUUUACACAGAGAGGAAACAAUCCGAGGGGUCAUGACCUGGAAGCGGUUUCCUUCUCCAGGAAUAAUCUCAAUGUCAAACAUUCCAACCUUGACCAACGUCUGGGUCCCCAGGUGGAGCAAUUGUUUUGGUAAAGACAUACUUCCUGAAGAUGUGCCACCAUUACUGGGCAGAAUAGAUCCGGAAGAUGCAGAGAACUGUGUUGAUAGUGAUGAGGAGACUCCUCUUGGUUUGACACCAGAGAUGAUCACAGCCCAGUUUCCAAUGAUUGGUUCAAAUCUACAAAGUGAUAAGAGAAGUGUGAUUGACAACUUUCCACUCGGCAACAAGUUGCCCAAGUGUAAUGCACCUGUUGGUAUUAAUGGGCCAUUGGCAAGAGAGAUACGGGAAGAAGAGCUGGAGCAUUUUGUCACCAGCAAAUACAACACACUUGGAACCAAAGUGGCCAGGAGGGUUCUAGAACAGAAUGUUAAAUUUACUGAUCGAGACUUAAUACUGAAAUAA